UUCCUGAACACAGGAAGAGACCUCAGACCUCUUUGAAACUGUGUAUCAGCACUGAGCAGGAAUCACUUGUGUUAUUGUAACGGCUCCGGGCUGCUCGAGGCGUAUUCGUUUAACAGAGGCAGAAAUACAGAAGGACUUCAGUGGUUCUUCGUAAAGAGACGAGGCGCUGCUUCAAAAGAAAUGUCAAGAUCACUCAGAAAAGCGUGAGCUGGGACUGAGACACAGAUGGGACGCAUUGGAAAGACAACCCAAAAAUAUACCUGCCAACAGGAACGGAUCCAUUUCAUGUGAAUCAGUCGCUUCCUAAAGUCUAUUUCAGGUCUGGGUAGAGAACAGGCUGUACACACCUUGACCUUGAUCAGGUAAUGUCUUAUCAGUCUAAUAAAGGGGAAGAUAGCGCAGAAGGUGUGGACAGACUGCACUGAUAGAAGAGCCCCUCGGACAUGAGAGAAACGCCACUCAGAGCAACUCCACACAGCAGAUGCUACCAAAACUGAAGAAUGAAGAAUACAAGUGAAAACUCUCCGGGGGACCGCGCAGAAAAAACCACAGAAUCAUACAAAGCUGACGAAGAUGCUGACCUCAAGAAUGACAGCGACAAAACAAAAAAAGAGAAAGCUCUGACCGUUGGAUUCUUUCAGCUGUUCCGGUUUGCGACGUGGAAGGAGGUGCUGAUGAUGGUGGUGGGAAGCGUGUGCUCUCUGGUCCACGGCGCCGCGGCUCCUCUCAUGCUGCUGGUGUAUGGCAUGAUGACCAACACCUUCGUGGACUAUGAGCUCGAGAUCCAGGAACUGGCCAACCCCAACAAAACCUGCAUUAAUAACACCAUCACCUGGCUGGACGGGACUGUGGUCGAGCGGCCGGACAACAGCACCACGUACUGUGGUGUGGAUAUUGAGGCUGAAAUGACCAAGUUUGCGAUUUACUACGUUGGAAUUGGCAUUGGAGUCCUUAUUCUGAGUUACUUUCAGAUCGCUCUGUGGGUUUCUGCCGCCGCCAGACAGAUCCAACGCAUCAGGAAAAUGUACUUCAGGAAGAUAAUGCGCAUGGAGAUCGGCUGGUUUGACUGCAACUCCGUCGGAGAGCUGAACACAAGGAUAUCUGACGACAUCAACAAAAUCAACAAUGCCAUAGCAGACCAGGUGUCCAUCUUCAUCGACAGGAUCUCUACGUUCAUAUUUGGUUUCAUGGUGGGAUUCAUCGGCGGAUGGAAGCUGACUCUGGUGGUGAUAGCCGUCAGUCCUCUCAUCGGAUUGGCUGCAGGACUCAUGGCGAUGGCUGUGGCGAGGCUGACGGGCCGUGAGUUGAUGGCUUAUGCUAAAGCAGGAGCAGUGGCUGAUGAAGUCCUUUCCUCCAUCAGAACGGUGGCCGCUUUUGGAGGAGAGCACAAAGAAGCAGAGAGGUAUGACAAGAACCUCGUGGAGGCCCAGGCGUGGGGUAUUAAGAAGGGAGCGAUCAUCGGUGUGUUUCAGGGUUAUCUUUGGUGCAUCAUAUUCUUGUGUUAUGCACUGGCUUUCUGGUACGGCUCAAAACUGGUGAUUGAAACCAAAGAGCUCACGCCCGGUGGCCUUGUUCAGGUAUUUUUUGGGGUUCUUAUAGGUGCAAUGAAUCUGGGUCAGGCCUCUCCUUGUCUUGAGGCCUUUGCCUCUGGUCGGGCUGCAGCCAAGAGUAUAUUUGACACCAUUGACAGGGAACCAGAAAUCGAUUGCUUCUCAGAAGAAGGUCAUACGUUAGACAAAGUUAAAGGUGACAUUGAAUUCCACAGAGUUGACUUCUACUAUCCCUCCCGCCCUGAAGUGAAAAUAUUAGAUAAUUUGAACGUUGUGGUCAAAGCUGGUGAAACAACUGCAUUUGUUGGACCUAGUGGAUCGGGAAAGAGCACAGGAAUACAACUCAUUCAGAGGUUCUACGACCCAAAAGAAGGAAAGGUCACCCUGGACGGUCACGACAUCAGAAGCCUGAAUAUCCAGUGGCUGCGUUCUCUCAUCGGUAUAGUGGAACAAGAGCCUGUUCUGUUCGCCACCACCAUUGUGGAGAACAUCCGAUACGGCCGUCCUGGAGUCACCAUGGAGGAGAUUAUAGAAGCCACCAAACAGGCCAACGCUUACAACUUCAUCAUGGCUCUUCCUCAGAAAUUUGACACGUUGGUGGGCGAAGGCGGGGGUCAGAUGAGCGGAGGGCAGAAACAGAGGAUCGCCAUUGCUCGAGCGCUGGUCAGGAAUCCCAGAAUCCUCCUGUUAGACAUGGCCACAUCAGCGCUGGAUAACGAGAGCGAGGCCGUGGUACAGGAGGCCUUGGACAAGGCUCGACAGGGGAGAACGACGAUCAGCAUCGCACACCGUCUGUCCACCAUCCGCAACGCAGAUGUGAUCGUGGGGUUCGAGCACGGACAUGCUGUAGAGAGAGGCACGCACAGCCAGUUGCUGGAAAGAAAGGGAGUUUACUUCACACUAGUAACCCUGCAGAAUCAAGGAAAGGAUACAGACGGCGAUAAACCAGAGGACACUGCUGAGAUGACGGUUACAGAUGAGGAUGAACUUGAGAAAGUAAGGCGCUUCAGCAGAGGAAGUUACGAGAGUGCCUUAAGGCGUUCUUUGAGACAGCGGUCACAUUCUCAGAUGUCAAGCAACAUUCCCGACGCCAUAUCUGGAAAUUUCAAAAUCUUCGACCAUUUAGAAACGGAGGAAGUUGAAGCGCGCGACAAGAAAAAAAAGAGGAAAGAGGAAAAAGUCAUUGAACCGGCUCACGUGGCACGAAUCCUGAAGUAUAACCGUCCCGAGUGGCCAUAUAUGCUGCUGGGCUCUUUAGGUGCUGCCAUUAAUGGAUCGGUCAACCCCAUCUAUGCUCUUUUAUUCAGUGAAAUCCUUGGGACAUUCUCCAUUCAAGACCUAAACGAACAGAGGAGGCAGAUAAACGGGAUUUGUAUUUUGUUUGUUAGCGUAGGAAUCCUGAGCUUCUUUUCGCAGUUCUUACAGGGCUACUCAUUUGCCAAAUCAGGCGAGCUGUUGACUCGCAGGCUGAGGAAGGUUGGAUUUCAGGCAAUGCUGAAGCAAGAGAUCGGCUGGUUCGACAACCCCAUGAACAGUCCUGGUGCUCUGACUACUAGACUAGCCACUGACGCCUCCAUGGUGCAGGGGGCUACAGGUUCACAGAUUGGCAUGAUCGUGAAUUCUCUGACCAACAUCGGCGCGUCCUUCAUUAUUGCGUAUUUCUUCAGCUGGAAACUGAGUCUGGUGGUCACCUGCUUCCUUCCUCUCAUCGGCCUGUCUGGGGUUUUUCAGGCUAAAAUGCUGACAGGAUUUGCCAAUGAGGAUAAAAAUGCAUUGGAGGCUGCUGGACAGGUGUCCAGUGAAGCUCUGAGCAACAUCAGGACCAUCGCCGGUUUAGCCAAAGAGAAACACUUCGUGUCUCAAUAUGAAGAGCGACUACAAGCACCGUAUAAAGGGGCCAAGAAGAAAGCUCAUGUUUAUGGGGUCUGUUUUGCAUUUGCCCAGUGUGUCAUUUUCAUGGCCUAUGCUGCCUCUUUUAGAUACGGCGGCUAUCUGGUCAGCAAUGAGGGACUUUCAUACAUGAUGGUGUUCAGAGUCAUUUCAGCUCUUGUGACCAGCGCCACUGCACUCGGCAAAGCUUCGUCUUUCACGCCAGAUUACGCCAAGGCCAAGAUUGCUGCCGCUCAACUUUUCAAACUGUUGGACAGGGUUCCCAAAAUUAGCAUCAGCAAAUCAGAGGGACAAAGUUGGGAUGACUUUAAGGGCCGGAUAGAAUUCAAAGGGUGCAGGUUCACGUAUCCCAGCAGGCCAGACAUCCAGGUUUUGAGGGGUCUGGAGGUGUCAGUAAAUCCAGGACAGACUCUUGCUUUUGUGGGAAGCAGCGGCUGUGGGAAGAGCACCAGCGUUCAACUGCUGGAGCGAUUCUACGACCCCGACGAAGGGCAAGUGAUCAUCGACGGACGUCCAUCUGCGAGCAUCAGCGUGCCCUUCCUCAGGUCACAUAUUGGCAUCGUGUCCCAGGAGCCGGUGCUGUUCGACUGCAGUAUCGCCGAGAAUAUCCAGUACGGCGAUAAUUCCCGUACCGUGAAAAUGGAGGAGAUUAUAGAGGCUGCUAAGAAGGCCUAUCUGCAUGAUUUUGUGAUGACACUACCUGAUCAAUAUGAAACUCAGGUCGGUGCUCAGGGCUCUCAGUUAUCCCGUGGACAGAAACAGCGCAUAGCCAUCGCAAGAGCCAUCGUCAGAAACCCUAAAAUCUUGCUCCUGGAUGAGGCCACGUCUGCACUCGAUACUGAGAGUGAGAAGGUCGUUCAGGCCGCUCUCGACGAGGCCCGUCAGGGACGCACGUGUAUCGUCAUCGCUCACAGACUCUCCACCAUUCAGACGGCUGACAUCAUCGCUGUGAUGUCACAGGGCGAGGUCAUCGAGAGAGGGACACACGAGGAGCUCAUGGCCAGGAAAGCAGCAUACUACAAGCUUGUCACCACGGGGGCGCCUAUUAGUUAAAAAUGACAUAGUGUUCGGACGAGCAGGGAGUCCCUCCUCAAACUCACGCCAUUAUUUGAGCAGGCUUUGGUUUGUCUGGCCUAGUCGGGUUUCUCACAGAAAUGACAUCUCAUUGCAUUUGUUAAUGGAAUUACUUAACAAUUGUGGAGGUGUUUUUGAUUUAUAUGUAUUUAUUUAUUAUGUUUUGGCACUAUUCUCAUGUGUUUGAAUCAUACACAGCCAGCUAUGACGUGUUUUCUUUGCUGUUUUCAAAAUGCUUGCAAAAGGUUGCAGAGAUCUGUCGUAGCAGCUGAAGAUAUGGUGUCCUUGAACAGCGGCGAUAAUAGUACGGGACUGAUAACGUGCUCAUAAUCGCUGAUAUCUUUAUGCUCAGUCAUUGUUUAAUGUAGUGCCGUGUGUGAUCUCUGCUUUUCACGUCUCGUUUAUUGUCAUUCAGAUGUUACAGAUGAACGCGUACGUAUUAAAAAGUCAUUUUAAAACUGUAUGUAAUUUAUACAUAUUUGUCAUUAUUAAUUUAGCCUUCAGUGAGGAUGUGCUCAUUCAGCUAUAAGCAAUAAUUAGUAUGCCAUUGCAUUUUUUCUAGCUUGUUUAUUUGUUCCAGGGGCCUUAGAGGGCUUAAAUGUUUUGUAAAGGGAUUUGUUUGUGAAAAUAAAAGUACCUUACCUUACCUAGUGACUUUACCUUAAUAAAUAAAAAAAAAAAAAAAAAUA